AUGAGCGGAAGCCUUGUCGCCCGCAAACAGAACAUCAAAUGUAGAACCAAAGUGAAGACUGGUUGUGCAACCUGCAGGAUAAGAAAGAUCAAAUGCGAUGAGAACAAGCCAUUUUGCCGAAAAUGUGUCGACACUGGUCGUACUUGCGGCGGCUACGAGUCUCCCUUUCGACUCGUUAUCACCGGUCAACCCAUUAAGAAUGCUCAUGCUGGCGGUAUCAAGUCAGGUGCUGCUGGGUUACAAGCCAUCCGACCCACCUUGACCAUUAUCGAGAUCACCCCUCGGGACAUCGCCCUCCUCGGUCGUUACUUCUCAACCAAAACCAUGUUCGACGUGGAACUAGGCCUUAACGAAGAAGCCAGGCAGAUCCUCCAAGCCGGCCAGACUGAUCCGCAGAUCCGAAAUGCAGUCUCGUCUCUCCGGGCUCUCCGGGAACAUCUCGAGGCGUCUGGAGACGUUGUUGCGGCGUCCGUCGCGCAGCAGACCCCGAGUUACGGCUAUGACCAUGGGCUCCAGCAGUACUGCAUGGCGUUGGGGGGUCUCGCGUCCAAACUAUCGUCUCCGGACCCAAACGGCUUAAAGUCGGCGUUACUCUGCUGCCAGAUCUUCAUCAGCAUCGAGCAAGUGCGAGGGAAUUAUGCCGCCAUGGCGCAGCACAUGAUUCGAGGGCUCAGCAUCAUGCGCGAGUACCGGGCAAGGCCAAGCUUUGAUGCUGCAGAAAACAAAUUGAUACCAGCACGUCGUGAUCAGAUACCCCUGUUGGACGUGUUCAUCAUCAAGUUCUUCGCUGCGCCGUGCAAGUUUGCGGAUCCUGCGCUGACGACCGAUGAAAAUGGGAAGACUAUAGGUGUAUGUUUGAUGUCGUCGCAUCAACAGCCUGUUGGAUCUCGUAAUCUCCGCACUAUUGCGCCCGAUAUGCGGACAGGGCUUACCAGGAUCGCUGCAGCGACGCUUGAAUUCCUCGGCAGAGUGUCGCGUGUCGAGUCGGCGGCAGGCGCCCUUCAACUACUGUCGGAGAAGGCAUCCCUGCUGGGCUCGUUGGAAUCGUGGCUCGCUGAUCUUGAGCCCGUCUUUGCGGGCAUCAGACCUCCUCAAGCUGAGCCUGUUUCGGUGCUUUUCCUCCGCGCCUUCCACCAGAUACUGAGAAUCAUUCUCUUGGGUGCACUGGAUUCGUCACCGGAUCUUGAUACCGAGCCGCGGGCCGAGAUCAACCGAUUGCGUCGCAUAGCUGGCGAUAUAGAGGAAGGCGUCAAGUCUUAUAGAUUGUGGAGGGGGCUUGCAAGUAGUCGAGAGGAGGCGUCUAAAGUACGAUGA